AAUUAAAGUAGAAUGAACAGUUUUUAGUACCUCACAGGAUCUGGACCAAGAUCUAUGAGAAUGGAAACAGGUAAAUGAACUAGUAGAAAGGACAUGAAUAAGGUUGCUAUCAUUAAUAAGAAGCUCAUUCUUGUUUAGAAAAUAUUUAGAGAAUGAGCCAACUUUCAGGUAAAAUGGACUUUAUUUUCUGGUGCCACAAAAAGGAAAGAAUCAGGUCACUGAGGGCAGUGAGUACUAGAAACCUAAGCCUUUUGCCUCCCAGCUGAUCGUCACUCCUCUGAUUGUGAAUGGUCCUCAAACACCCGCCAAAGCGCCAGAGCUAACUAACCCAGUGCCCUCACUCUCUCCGCGCCCCAUGUUCCCCCUCCACUAAGCUGAUUUGAAUGAGUGUUCUGCGAGCUUCGUUCGAUUCCCUAGAACCUGGAUGCAAUGAACGCUAGGGGGAAAAAAAGAACAACCGAGAUAGAUUUCAAACAUAGGAUUCAGUGACUUUUCACAACUCGGUGCUGUGUCAAAGGCACGCUGUGUUUUGUUUUGAGGGCGGGGAGAUGACUGGGAGGGAAUCCUGCGCCCCCAUUGGCUGGCCGCUCGGCGCUGCAGCUGAGCUCCAGCCGCUCCGCGAGCAUCAUUGAUCUGAAGGGUAAACGUGGAGGGAGCCACAGAGAGGGGUCCAGGCGUUUCUGAGAAGAGAGGAAGCCGCUUCCAGGAAGAAAGUGGUGUUUCUCCUAGCUGCCCGGUUUGGAGGGCCUUUUGUGACUGAAAGGGGAAACAAUGCAACGCAGUUUGCUGCUACAGUGAUUUGGGAGAGUAAGAUAGAGAGAGAUAAAGAGAGGAAGCGAGAAAGCGAGAGCGAGAGCGAGAUCUCACCUUCGUUGCAAAGCCUGGCUUGUUGCAUACGUACUGCUGCUGCUCUUUCCGCUACUGAUCCUGCAGCCGCCGUUUCUGCCAUCAGCUCUAUUCAUCUCUGUUUGGAAAUACAGUCCAUUUGGAACUUGAUAGCACUUUCGAGUUUUAUAGGAUGUCAGCUUUCUUAAAGACAGUGAGGGGCUGAACAUAAACCGGAAAGAGUAUGCAGCUACUCCGAGGGUGUUGAUUGAAAACUUCGCUCUCCCCACCCCGUUCACGGUUGAUUUGACUGAUUUCUCACCGCCUUCACAGUGAAUAUUUCAAUUAAGGUCCCUUUAGAUGGAAUAUAAUAUAGCAGAAGCAUUUUCAUCAAAAGGAUUAAUGCCUGCAUUAUCAUUUCUGCAAUAAAACAGAAAGCUAAGUGGUGGAGGCCACAGAUACCUCAAACCUGGAUUCCACAAUUCUACAUUAAGUGCUGGAGUUUUUAUUACUCUGCUGUAGGAAAGCUUUUGCCAAUGCUUACAAGGAACUGUUUAUCCCUACUGCUCUGGGUCCUGUUUGAUGGAGGUCUCCUAACACCACUUCAACCUCAGCCACAACAGACUUUAGCCACAGAACCAAGAGAGAAUGUUAUCCACCUACCAGGACAACGAUCACAUUUCCACCGAGUUAAACGUGGCUGGGUAUGGAAUCAAUUUUUUGUGCUGGAGGAAUACAUGGGCUCCGAGCCUCAGUAUGUGGGAAAGCUCCAUUCUGACUUAGAUAAAGGAGAGGGCACUGUAAAAUACACCCUCUCAGGAGAUGGCGCUGGCACCGUUUUUACCAUUGAUGAAACUACAGGGGACAUUCAUGCCAUAAGGAGCCUGGAUAGAGAGGAAAAACCUUUCUACACCCUUCGUGCUCAGGCUGUGGACAUAGAAACCAGGAAGCCCCUGGAGCCUGAAUCAGAAUUCAUCAUCAAAGUGCAGGAUAUUAAUGAUAAUGAGCCGAAGUUUUUGGAUGGACCUUACAUUGCUAGUGUUCCAGAAAUGUCUCCUGUGGGUGCAUAUGUUCUCCAAGUCAAGGCCACGGAUGCUGAUGACCCAACUUAUGGAAACAGUGCCAGAGUCGUUUACAGCAUUCUUCAGGGACAACCUUAUUUCUCUAUUGAUCCCAAGACAGGUGUUAUUAGAACAGCUUUGCCAAACAUGGACAGGGAAGUCAAAGAACAAUACCAAGUCCUCAUCCAAGCCAAGGAUAUGGGCGGACAACUGGGAGGGUUAGCUGGAACGACAAUAGUCAACAUCACCCUCACGGAUGUCAAUGACAAUCCACCUCGAUUCCCCAAAAGCAUUUUCCAUCUGAAAGUUCCCGAAUCUUCUCCUGUUGGCUCAGCUAUUGGAAGAAUAAGAGCCGUGGAUCCUGAUUUUGGACAAAAUGCAGAAAUUGAAUACAAUAUUGUUCCAGGAGAUGGGGGAAAUUUGUUUGACAUCGUCACAGAUGAGGACACACAAGAAGGAGUUAUCAAAUUGAAAAAGCCAUUAGAUUUUGAAACAAAGAAAGCUUACACUUUUAAAGUAGAGGCCUGCAACGUUCACCUGGACCACCGGUUUCACUCCGCGGGCCCUUUCAAGGACACUGCCACGGUGAAGAUCAGUGUGCUGGACGUGGACGAGCCGCCGGUGUUCAGCAAGCCACUCUACACCAUGGAGGUUUAUGAAGACACUCCCGUAGGGACCAUCAUUGGUGCUGUCACUGCACAAGACCUGGACGUGGGCAGCAGCGCCGUUAGGUACCUCAUAGAUUGGAAGAGUGAUGGGGACAGCUACUUUACAAUAGAUGCGACUGAAGGAACCAUCGCCACUAAUGAAUUACUAGACAGAGAAAGCACCGCGCAGUAUAAUUUCUCCAUAAUUGCGAGUAAAGUUAGUAACCCAUUAUUAACCAGCAGAGUCAACAUAUUGAUUAAUGUCCUAGAUGUCAAUGAAUUUCCUCCAGAAAUAUCUGUGCCAUAUGAGACAGCUGUGUGUGAAAAUGCCAAACCAGGACAGAUAAUUCAGAUAGUCAGUGCCGCAGACCGAGAUCUUUCACCUGCUGGACAGCAAUUCUCCUUUAAAUUAUCACCUGAAGCUGCCAUCAAACCAAAUUUUACAGUUCGUGACUUCAGAAACAACACAGCUGGAAUUGAAACCCGAAGAAAUGGAUACAGCCGCAGGCAGCAAGAGUUGUAUUUCCUCCCCAUAGUAAUAGAAGACAGCAGUUAUCCUGUCCAGAGCAGCACAAACACAAUGACUAUUCGAGUCUGUCGAUGUGACUCUGAUGGUACCAUCCUGUCUUGUAACGUGGAAGCAAUUUUUCUACCUGUAGGACUUAGCACUGGGGCUUUGAUUGCAAUCCUUCUUUGCAUUGUUAUACUCUUAGCCAUAGUUGUGCUGUAUGUAGCUCUGAGAAGGCAGAAGAAGAAAGACACCUUGAUGACCUCUAAGGAAGACAUCAGAGACAACGUUAUCCAUUAUGAUGAUGAAGGAGGUGGGGAGGAGGACACCCAGGCUUUUGACAUUGGUGCUCUGAGAAACCCAAAAGUGAUUGAAGAUAACAACAUUCGCAGGGAUAUAAAACCAGACUCUCUCUGUUUACCUCGUCAGAGACCACCAGUGGAAGAUAACACAGACAUAAGGGAUUUCAUUAAUCAAAGGCUACAAGAAAAUGAUGUGGACCCCACAGCCCCACCAUAUGAUUCACUGGCAACAUAUGCCUAUGAAGGCAGCGGAUCAGUAGCCGACUCUCUUAGCUCCAUAGAGUCUCUGACCACAGAAGCAGACCAGGACUACAACUACCUGACAGAUUGGGGACCCCGCUUUAAAGUCUUGGCAGACAUGUUUGGAGAAGAAGAGAGUUAUAACCCUGAUAAAGUCACUUAGAGGAGAGGCAAAGGUUAAAACACAGCCAACAGAAGAAAUUUAAGGGAAAGGAACAUAAAUAGAAAUCACGCGCGUGCACAUGCACGCGUAUACACACACACACACACACACACACACAUACACACACGGCUUUCUAGGACAAGAUUCCUUUGAUUAUCUGGUUUCUAGCAAGUUGCUGUAUUUAUCAUAUUGUCAGUUUUGGUUUAUUCUGCCAACACAAGAUAAAUCCUCUAGUGUGUACUUGCUUGGUUUUGUUUUGUUCUUUUGGAAACACACUGAGACAAGCUCAGGCCUAUUCAAUACAAUUUACCGACGUGACAACCUAGAACGAAGAUAGCUAUGUGGCAUCACGGUGGAAGAGUGUUAGAUUUUUCUUAAUUCCACUAAAGUGCCUAUUGAAACUCUUAUCAUUUAAAGCAGUGUAGACUACUCUCUGCUGUGAUGGCAUUGCAGGAUUCAGACAUAGAGGACAUAAAACAAAGACACUGUCUUUAUGUCAAGGAGCAAUAGCAACAUGCCGACUUCUCAUUCCUUUUAAGGAAAGAAGAAGAAAACUUUCUGAACUCCAUCUUCUUAUAAUUAAACUGCUCUUUUUUCUUUUUUUAAAUGUAUGCCAAUAUAUAUUUGUUUUUUCCUACCCUUUCAUAAAAUUGAAAUAAAUGCGAUAAUAACAAAGUCAAUAUGUAAGUCCCAAAUUCUAAAAGCAAUGUUUGAUCUUAAUAUUAGUUCCUAUUAAAAGUGUUCAUGAAAAUGUUAAUUGUUUUCCAAAGAAAUAAAAUUUUUAAAAAGAAAAUUAAAAAAAAAAAAAACCUCUUUAUAAAAGAAGCCUCAGGCUGAAAUUCAGAUGAAAAUAAAUAUUGGUUUUGUUUUAAUAUUGUGCCAGUGCAUGAAAGGUUGGUUUUAACAAAUCAUCAGAUCAUUGCAGUCUUCAGUCAUACCAAAAAUUUAAGUUGUGUUAUUAUUAAACAUUUUUGGGGAAAAUUUCAUUGAUUUAAACAAGGGAAGAGAAAUUUAUAUACAGUUUCUCAGAGUUUCUUACAAGCUAGUGAUUCUUUGAUGAGCCAGGAAGAUAAAACAUUUAUCAAAUAAUGCAGAAUGGAUUUAUAGAAUUUCUAAAAAUAUUAAUAAUUACCAAACAAAUGAAACAUCAGGAACUUUGAAAAAUUCAAACCAAAUAUAACACCUAAAUGUACAUUAAUGCAAGAUCUGGUAGUUGAUUUAUUUAUUUUAUUAACAUGAAUUUCAAUUUGGAACAUCAUUCUAUUGGAGCUCAGAGUUACUUCUUUACUCUAUUAUCUGCAAUUCUAAUAUAAACAAUAUCAUGACUCUCCUUUGUAAAAAACAACUUACUUUUUAGUUUGAUGAAGUUUCUCAGAAAUACUAGAUUUUAUAAGCAGACAAGUAAGCUGCACUCAUAUACUGAUACAUCACUUUUAAGUGAACUUUACAAUAUCUAGAA